AGUGACGCGUUUGGUUGGUAAUUUCAGUUUUUUACCACCAUGGUCACAUCACACCACAUCAACAACAUUCAACAAAAGUCAAAUUACUCGUCGUCUUCUUCUUCUUCUUCUUCCCCACUACUACAAUUCUUUCGAUCUGAUUUCCUGAUUUCCAGAUUUCAGUAAUCAAUAAUCUCCAAAAUUCAAAAUCCAAAAUCUGAUUUUCCAUUAAUUAUCGUAUUAUAUAACAAAGGUUUUGCUCAGAUCAAAAAAUUAAAAAAAAAAAUUUGAAAAAAAAAAAUCGAACAAGGAUUUAAUUUCCAAGGAUGAGACUCGCCAUGGUCGAUUGCCGGAGUUUGAUCCAGUUCUGCAGAUCCUUCCACCCACACCUCAACAACGCCGCCAAUUUCGCCAAUCCAAAUCCAUCACCGCCGUGCCGGAGCAGGACGCGCCGCUUCACCGCCAAUUCCACCAAUCCAUUCUCGAAUCACUUCUGCGAUCGCUCCCCACUCGCCGCCCUCGAUCUCGUCAUACUCCUCUCCGUGCUCGCCUCCGUCUCCUUUCUGAUCCUCCCCUACUGCAAAUUCCUCUUCCUCGAGCUCCUCCCGAUCGCCCAUGGCUUCGUCGUCGACCUCAUCCUCGACGAGCCGCUGCCUUACAUCGUCGGCUUCGUCCUCGUUCUGAUCGGAAUGAUUCUCGCCAUGGUCAUUGACAUCAGGCUGAGGAAAUGCGGGAAUCCUCACUGCAAGGGUUUGAGAAGGGCGAUCGAGUACGAUAUCCAGUUGGAGUCCGAGGAGUGUGUCAAGUACGCGCCGUCGCUUUCGGAUGUCUUUCAAGACGAGAAUGGGGCGGCGGAGCUGGAAUUAGGGCAGGAUCGGAAGGAAUUGGAGGCUGAAUUGAAGAAAAUGGCUCCCCUCAACGGAAGGACUGUGCUGAUUUUCCGAGCUCCAUGUGGAUGCCCUGCAGGUAGAUUGGAGGUUUGGGGACAUAAGAAAAUUCGUAGAAUCAAGAAAUAAUUUUUUAGAUCUUUUUUUCUCUUUUACAUAGAUAAACUUUUUUCUUCAGUAGCAAAUAUAUACCUGAGCCAUGUUUGAGACUAGUUUCGUCUGACUAUAUACAAUAAGUGGUGUUUUUUAACUGAGUUUUUUUAGUAAUAAAACGGUUUUUGUGUUCUUA